GGCCCCGCUCGCAGUGGGCCACCGUAGGACCCGUCGUAGCCGGGCCGUGCGUGCGCCCGGCGGCGUGUGACCCGGAAAGGAGCCGUGGAGGAGGCGGGCGGAGCUGCGCUACCCGCUGCCGGGUGACAGCGAGGGUCGAGCGGGACGGUGAGAGGAGCUCAGGAUGAUAGGUGAACGACGAGCAGGGGACCUUAUGGUACCCUUGGGGCCCCGGCUGCAGGCAUACCCUGAAGAACUCAUUCGGCAGAGGCCUGGACAUGAUGGACACCCUGAAUACCUGAUCCGAUGGAGUGUCCUCAGGUGUGGGGAAGAGGGCAAAGUGAGUGCAGAGGAAGACAAGACAGAGCACCUCCUCAUGUGGCUGUCAGCCCCAGAGGUCUAUGCCAACUGCCCCAUGCUGUUGAGGGAGCGAACGCUAUCGAAAGGACCUCAGUACGAACCUGCUGGACAGUUAGGAAGCUUCCCGAGAGACCCGGGAGGCCUGGAUGAGUUGGCGAUGGCAGAGAUGGAGGCUGAUGUGCGGGGCCUGGUGCGCAGGGCUGCCAGGCAGCUGGCGGAAGGUGGGACCUCAAGCCUGACGGCUGCUGUGCUUCACACCAUCCAUGUGCUCAGCGCCUAUGCCAGCAUUGGGCCUCUCACCGGAGUCUUCAGGGAGACCGGGGCCCUCGAUUUGCUUAUGCACAUGCUGUGCAACCCUGAGCCUCAGAUCCGUCGGAGUGCAGGCAAGAUGCUACAGGCUCUGGCAGCCCAUGAUGCUGGGAGCCGGGCUCACGUCCUCCUGUCACUGAGCCAGCAAGAAGGCAUUGAGCAGCACAUGGACUUCGACAGCCGGUACACUCUGCUGGAGCUGUUUGCGGAGACCACGUCCACUGAAGAACACUGCAUGGCCUUUGAGGGCCUCCACCUUCCUCAGAUCCCUGGAAAGCUGCUCUUCUCCCUGGUGAAGCGCUACCUCUGUGUCACUUCCCUGCUGGAUCAGCUGGAGAACAGCCCAGAGCCGGGGGCUGGAGACCAAAGCUCUCCGUGUCUCACGAAGGAGAAGAGCCGCGGACAGCGGGAGCUGGACUUCAGUAUGGCAGUGGGCAGCCUCAUCUCAGAGCUGGUGCGCAGCAUGGGCUGGGCCCGGAAGCUCAGUGAGCAGGGCGCUUUACCGCCUCGGCUGCCCCGGUCCAUCUUCCAGCCCUGCAUUUCAGGCCCUCCACUGUCACUGCCCACCGUUGUCACUGCUCCCAGGAAGCAAGGGCGGGCCUUCCGCCGUCGCUCGGAAUUUUCUAGCCGCAGUGGUUAUGGUGAAUACGUUCAGCAGACAGUGCAGCCCGGCAUGCGAGUUCGGAUCCUGGAUGACUAUGAGGAGAUCAGUGCUGGCGACGAGGGCGAGUUCCAGCAGAGCAACAAUGGCGUGCCCCCUGUGCAGGUCUUCUGGCAGUCAACUGGCCGUACCUACUGGGUACACUGGCACAUGCUAGAGAUCCUGGGGCCAGAGGAAGCUCCUGGGGACUCAGCUUUGGAGGCUGUGGAGAAGAAAUCAGGGACAACUGUACUGGGCACAGCCCUUCCCUCCUGGGACUGGAAGCCCACGGACGGCCUGUAUUCAUUACCGUAUCUCCAGCCUGAGCCCCCAAAGAAUGAGGAGUCAGGGCACCUGAGCCAGGCAGAGUGGUGGGAGCUACUUUUCUUCAUCAAGAAGUUGGACUUGUGUGAGCAGCAGCCAAUUUUGCAGAAUCUGCGUGAGAAACUGGAUAAGGCCCUGGGUGAAAAGGCCCUGGGUGAGCUCUCUGUGCCCACAGAGAUGGCUGAGGGUGUCCUGCAGGUUCUCACUAGCCGCUUGGAGGGCAGCAACCUCUGUGACCUGCUCAGCUCCCGCAUCUACACCAAGUAUGGGCUACUGCCUGAGGAACUGAGCAGCUUGCCCUCUUCACGGAGUCGCUCCUGCACCCCAGAGCCAGAGGAGGAGCCAAAGUCGGCCGCCAGCCUCUCGGAAGAAGAGGAGCCCUGUAAAGCAAAGGCAGAGGCCGAGCCUGCUGCUGCGAAGACUGAGUCCCCCAAAGCACAGAGUGAUUCCCAGCUGUUUAAUCAGCUUCUGGUGACAGAGGGGGUGGCCCUGUCUCCUGAAACACAGGAGGCAGCUUCUGAAAUGGCCAGAGCCUUGCGGGGUCCUGGUCCACGCAGCUCCCUGGAUCAGCAUGUGGCAGCGGUCCUGGCCACUGUGCAGAUCUCCAGCCUGGACACAAACCUGCAGCUUUCAGGGCUCAGUGCCCUCUCCCAGGCUGUGGAGGAGGUCACUGAGCGGGACCACCCCCUGGUCCGUCCUGACAGGUCGUUGAGAGAGAAGCUCGUGAAGACGCUGGUAGAAUUGCUGACCAACCAGGUGGGAGAGAAGAUGGUGGUGGUGCUGGCCCUGCGCCUCCUCUACCUGCUCAUGACCAAGCAUGAAUGGCGUCCACUCUUUGCCAGGGAGGGUGGCAUCUAUGCUGUGCUGAUUUGCAUGCAAGAAUAUAAGACAUCCGUCUUGGUGCAGCAGGCAGGCCUGGCGGCACUAAAGAUGCUAGCCAUCGCCAAUUCCUCAGAGAUCCCCACUGUUGUUACCAGCCGAGAUUCCAUCCAACCACUGUUUGAUACCCAGAUGACCAGAGAGAUCUUUGCCAGCAUCGACUCAGCUACCCGUCCAGGCUCUGAGAGCUUGCUCCUCAGUGUGCCUGCAGCUGUGGUCCUCAUGCUGAACACUGAGGGGUGCUCCUCUGCAGUGAGAAACGGCCUGCUUCUACUCAACCUGCUUAUGUGUAACCAUCACACUUUGGGAGACCAGAUUAUAACCCAAGAGUUGAGAGACACCUUGUUCAGGCACUCAGGGAUAGCGCCGGGGACAGAACCAAUGCCCACCACCCGUACCAUCCUCAUGAUGCUUCUCAACCGCUACUCAGAGCCCCGGGGGAGUCCUGAGCGAGCAGCACUGGAGAUCCCAAGCACCCAGAGUCAGGAUGACUCCCCUGACUUACUCAUUCGAUCCUUGGUUGGGGACCCAAUGGCAGAACUCUUCCUGGACUUGGAGCGGGCGCUGUGCCAUGAAGGCAGCCCUCGGGAUGCCAUGAGGCCCCUUUUCCAGCGCCUCCAGCAGGAAAGCCAGCCUUUCCUCCUGUUGCUGCGGACUCUAGAUGCCCCGGGGCCCAACAGAACUCUGCUGCUCAUGGUACUCAGGGUCAUGACACGACUGCUGGAUUAUCCUGAGGCAAUGGUCCUCCCCUGGCAUGAGGUCUUGGAGCCCUGCCUCAACUGCCUGAGUGGCCCCAGCAGUGACUCUGAGACUGUUCAGGAGCUGACCUGUUUCCUCCACCGCCUGGCUCUGAUGCAUAAAGACUAUGCCGUAGUGCUUUGCUGCCUGGGAGCGAAAGAGGCCCUCUCCAAGGUCCUGGACAAGCACUCUGCCCAGCUCCUGCUGGCCUCUGAGCUUCGCCACCUGGUGACAGAGUGUGAGAAGUAUGCCCAGCUCUACAGCAACCUCACCUCAAGCAUUCUGGCUGGCUGCAUCCAGAUGGUGCUGGGCCAGAUUGAAGACCACAGACGAACCUACCAACCCAUCAGUAUCCCCUUCUUUGAUGUGUUCCUCAGGCAUCUCUGCCAGGGCUCCAGUGUGGAAGUGAAGGAAGACAAGUGCUGGGAGAAGGUGGAGGUGUCCUCCAACCCACACCGAGCCAGCAAGCUGACGGAUCGCAACCCCAAGACCUACUGGGAGUCCAAUGGCAGUACUGGGUCCCACGCCAUCACCUUGCACAUGCACCGUGGAGUUCUUAUUAGGCAGCUGACUCUGCUUGUGGCCAGUGAGGAUUCAAGUUACAUGCCAGCCAGGGUCGUGGUGUUUGGGGGUGACAGUGUCGGCUGUAUCAGCACUGAACUUAACACGGUAAAUGUGAUGCCCUCUGCCAGCCGGGUCACCCUCCUGGAGAACCUGAACCGCUUCUGGCCGAUCAUCCAGAUCCGCAUAAAGCGCUGCCAGCAGGGUGGCAUCGACACUCGGGUUCGGGGUGUGGAGGUGCUGGGCCCCAAGCCCACUUUCUGGCCGCUGUUCCGGGAGCAACUAUGUCGACGCACUUGUCUGUUCUACACAAUUCGUGCACAAGCUUGGAGCCGGGACAUAGCAGAGGACCGCCGGCGCCUCCUUCAGCUGUAUCCCAGACUGAACAGAGUUCUGCGCCAUGAACAGAAUUUUGCUGACCGUUUCCUCCCCGAUGCCGAGGCCGCCCAAGCGCUGGGCAAGACCUGCUGGGAGGCGCUGGUCAGCCCCCUGGUGCAGAACAUCACCUCUCCCGAUGCAGGGGGUGUGAAUGCCCUGGGAUGGCUGCUGGACCAGUACUUAAAGCAGAGAGCGAGCUCCCAGCAUCAAGCAGCAUCCUUUGCUUCUCGAGUUCGGCGCCUGUGCCACCUGUUGGUGCAUGUGGAACCCCCUCCUGGGCCUUCUCCUGAGCCAUCCACACAGCCCCUCAGCAAGACCAGUAAGAGCCAGGGUGGGAGCCCAGUGCCCGCAGCAGCCCUUCCCAGCAGCAGCCUUAGGAACAUCACCCAGUGCUGGCUGGGCGUGGUGCAGGGACAGGUUAGCAGGUUCCUGGCUGCAGCCUGGAGGGCCUCAGACUUCGUGCCUCGUUACUGUAGUCUUUACGAGCGCUUGCAAAGAGCAGGCUCCGAGCUGUUCGGGCCUCGGGCAGCCUUCACACUGGCUCUGCGCAGUGGUUUCUCUGGCGCCCUGCUGCAGCAAUCCUUCCUCACUACGGCUCAUAUAAGUGAGCAGUUUGCUAGGCACAUUGACCAACAAAUCCAGGGUGGCUUGCUCGGUGGUGCCCCUGGAGUGGAAAUGCUGGGGCGGCUUCAGCGGCACUUAGAGCCCAUCAUGGUCCUUUCUGGCCUAGAGCUGGCCACCACUUUUGAGCACUUCUAUCAGCACUACAUGGCUGACCGUCUCCUGAGCGUGGGCUCCAGCUGGCUGGAGGGGGCCGUGCUGGAGCAGAUCGGCCUCUGCUUCCCCAACCGCCUCCCGCAGCUGAUGCUGCAGAGCCUGCACACCUCAGAGGAGCUGCAGCGUCAGUUCCGCCUAUUCCAGCUCCAGCAGCUCGACAGGCAGCUCUGGGAGCAGGAGAAGCAGGAGGAGUGGAGGCUGGAGGAAGUGGAGAAAGAAGACAAGGGACAGGAGACUGACGAAGACCUCUUUAUAGAAGACCCAGCUCCAGCAGUUUCUGUACUGGUCCUGUCACCACGCUGCUGGCCAGUCUCCCCACUCUGCUACCUGCACCACCCCAGGAAGUGCCUUCCCACAGAGUUCUGCCAUGCCCUUGACCGCUUCGCCAGCUUCUACAGCCACAGUCAGAACUAUUCAGUCUUGGACAUAGGACCACAUCGGCGACUUCAGUGGACAUGGCUGGGCCGGGCUGAGCUGCAGUUUGGGGACCAGACGCUGCAUGUGUCUACCGUGCAGAUGUGGCUGCUGUUGAAUUUCAACCAGACAGAGGAGGUGUCAGUAGAGGUCUUGCUGAGGAAUUCUGACCUCUCCCCAGAGCUCCUUCACCAGGCACUGCUGCCCCUCAUCGCUGACAAUGGUCCUUUGACACUGGAAGAGGCUCCAAACUUUCCAGAGGGGGGGGUGCUGCGGCUUCGUGAGUCUAAGUCCCAGACCCAUGAAGAGGUCCUGUGGCUGAUACCUCCCCAGACGUAUCUCAGUGUAGAAAAGGAUGAGGGCCGGACCUUGGAACAGAAGAGGAACCUCUUGAGCUGUCUUCUUGUCCGGAUACUCAAAGCCCAUGGGGAGAAAGGCCUCCACAUUGAUCAGCUGGUUUGUCUGGUGCUGGAGGCCUGGCAGAAGGGCCCCAAUCCCCCUGGGAGCCUGGGCCGCACUGUUGCAGGGGGUGUGGCCUGUUCCAGCACCGACGUUCUCUCCUGCGUCCUGCACCUCCUGGGCCAGGGCUACGUGGAACGGCGUGAUGACCGGCCCCAGGUCCUGGUGUAUGCCACCCCGGAGCCCAUGGGGCACUUCCGGGGCCAGGCAGAUGUCCCCUUUUGUGGCAACCAGAGCACCGAGAGCUCCAAACCUAGCCCAGAAGCUGUGGUGGCCCUGGCAUCUCUACAGCUGCCGGCAGGACGCACCAUGAGUCCCCAGGAGGUAGAAGGAUUGAUGGAGCAGGCUGUGAGGCAGGUGCAAGAGACGCUCAACUUGGAGCCAGAUGUAGCUCAGCACCUUCUGGCGCAUUCCCACUGGGGCACCGAGCAGCUGCUGCAGAGCUACAGCGAUGACCCAGAGCCAUUGCUUCUUGCUGCUGGACUGCGAGUACCCCAGGGCCAGGCUGUUCCCACGCGCCCUGACCACUGCCCUGUGUGUGUCAGCCCCCUAGGACCGGAGGAGGACUUGCCCUCCCUCUGCUGCCUGCACGGCUGCUGCAAGUCUUGCUGGAACGAGUACCUGACUACUCGGAUCGAACAGAACUUCGUGCUGAGCUGCACCUGCCCCAUCGCCGACUGUCCCGCCCAGCCCACUGGAGCCUUCAUCCGAAACAUCGUCUCCUCCCCCGAGGUCAUUUCCAAGUACGAGAAGGCCCUCCUUCGAGGCUAUGUGGGGAGCUGCUCCAACCUGACCUGGUGCACCAAUCCUCAGGGCUGUGACCGCAUCCUGUGCCGCCAGGGCCUGGGCAGUGGCACCACCUGCUCCAAGUGCGGCUGGGCCUCGUGCUUCAGCUGUAGCUUCCCCGAGGCACACUACCCUGCCAGCUGUGGCCACAUGUCCCAGUGGGUGGAUGACGGUGGCUACUACGAUGGCAUGAGUGUGGAGGCCCAGAGCAAGCACCUGGCCAAGCUCAUCUCCAAACGCUGCCCCAGCUGCCAGGCGCCCAUCGAGAAGAACGAGGGGUGUCUGCACAUGACCUGUGCCAGAUGUAACCAUGGAUUCUGCUGGCGCUGCCUCAAGUCCUGGAAGCCAAGCCACAAGGACUACUACAACUGUUCUGCCAUGGUAAGCAAAGCUGCUCGCCAGGAGAAGCGGUUUCAGGACUACAACGAGAGGUGCACGUUCCACCACCAGGCCCGGGAGUUUGCCGUGAACCUGCGGAACCAGGCCUCUGCCAUCCAUGAGGUGCCCCCGCCCAAAUCCUUCACCUUCCUGCAGGAUGCCUGCCUGGCCCUGGAGCAGGCUCGAAAGGUGCUGGCCUACGCCUGUGUGUACAGCUUCUACAGUCAGGACACGGAGUCCAUGGAUGUGGUAGAACAGCAGACUGAGACCCUGGAGCUGCACACAAAUGCCCUACAGAUCCUCCUCGAGGAGACGCUGCUGCGCUGUCAGGACCUAGCCUCCUCCCUGCGCCUUCUGCGGCCUGACUGCCUCAGCACAGGCACGGAGCUGCUCAGGAGGAUCCAGGAGAGGCUGCUGGCCAUCCUACAGCACUCUACCCAGGACUUCCGGGUUGGACUGCAGAGUCCAACAGUAGAGACCAGGGAGGUGAAAGGAUCCAACGUGCCCAGCAGUCAGCCCCUGGGCUCCUCGGGGCUGGAAGCAGAAGAUGAGGAGGAGGAAGAGGAAGAGGAGGAGGAUGUGCCUGAGUGGCAGCAUGAGUUUGAUGAGGAACUAGACAAUGACAGCUUCUCUUACGAUGAGGAAUCUGAGAAUCUAGACCGAGAGACCUUCUUCUUUGGGGAUGAGGAUGAUGAUGAUGAGUCUUAUGACUGAGCGGGGUGGAGCAGGAAACACCUGCCCCAUGAGCAGGGCCCGGGGGCGGGGGGCAACGGGGG